UUCUGCUCGUUACAUAGCUACAGUUUAGAGCUCGAAAAAAAUUAGUAUUAUCCAUUUUAGGUGGAAUAGUCAAGCGUUGCACAAACUAAAACAGAUAUAUUACGAUUCAGCAAAGACGAGGGCAAUUGGAUGCAACGUUGUUUGACUUUGUUUCCAUUGGCAACAAAAGUCACUAAACCAGCGGAGCUUCCUGUGAGAUAAACAGCGCAGUGAAACAAUCAAUAGGACAUUAUUGCAUUCAGCUCUCACUUCUGCUGAGGUCAGCAAGAGUGUCGGGCGAGAGAGGAGGCCUGCCAUUGGCCGAGGGGGCCACCUGGAGUUCCGCUGAGAGCCGCCCUCCGAUUGGAUGCCAAGUUCCAUCUGCAAGGGAGCCUGACAGAGGGAGGGAGAGAGAGAGAGAGAGCGAGGCUGAGAGAGACAGAGAGAGAGAGAGAGAGAGAGAGAGGAGAGGCAGGGGAUGCCUUCUUCGGGGAAGUAGUGCGGUGUUUCUGCAGCGCGAGCGGACUCUGCCAUGGUAUGAGCACAGGCCUGGCACCAGGGUGCACGGGAUUUUCGGAGAAUCACCAUGGCCUCGGCCCGGUCCUACGGCCGGUCCCCGCGGGACAUCAUGAAUGUGAUGCAGAGACUGCAAGAUGAGCAGGAAGCCGUACAGAAAAGAACUUUCACCAAAUGGAUCAACUCCCACCUGGCCAAGCGCAAGCCCCCGCUGGUGGUGAACGAUCUGUUCGAGGACAUUAAGGAUGGGGUGAAGCUUCUGGCCCUCCUGGAGAUCCUCUCUGGACAGAAACUGCCCUGUGAGCAAGGCCGGCAGCUUCGGCGGAUCCACUGGGUAUCCAACAUCGGGACGGCGCUGAAGUUCCUGGAGGGCAGAAGGUCUGUGUACCGAGGAUCCCCGAUAAAGCUGGUCAACAUAAACUCCACGGACAUCGUGGACGGAAGACCGUCCAUCGUCUUGGGGCUGGUGUGGACCAUCAUCCUGUACUUCCAGAUCGAGGAGCUGACCAGCAACCUGCCGGCGCUGCAGGCCCUGUCCAGCAGCACCUCCUCCGUGGACAGCAUGGCUAGCUCGGAGACGGGCAGCCCCCCCGUGAAGAGGAAGGUCAUCACCAAGUUCCAGGGCAACGCCAAGAAGGCCCUGCUCCGAUGGGUGCAGUUCACGGCCGCCAAGCGCAUGGGUAUCGAGGUGAAGGACUUCGGGCCCAGCUGGCGGAGCGGAGUGGCCUUCCACUCGGUCAUCCACGCCAUCCGGCCGGACCUGGUGAACAUGGAGCACGUGCGGAGACAGUCCAACCGGGAGAACCUGGAGGAGGCCUUCUCCCUGGCCGAGAACCAGCUGGGCAUCCCGCGGCUGCUGGACCCGGAAGACGUGGACGUGGACAAGCCCGACGAGAAGUCCAUCAUGACGUACGUGGCCCAGUUUCUGAAGCACUACCCGGACCCCCACGGCACGGAGACGGACGGACAGGAAGAGGAGCUGAUUCUCGGUUCCAUCCCGACAUUCGCUCUCUCUAUCCCCACAUCCCAGAGAGAGCAGCGCAAGGUCCUGCGAGAGAUGAAGACCUGGCUGGAACAGCUGGAACGGGACGUGGGGCGGGCCCAGGGGACAGAGGGAAGCCUGACCGAAAAAUACCAGGCCUUCAAGACGUUCCGCGUGCAGUUCGAGGUGCGGAGGAAGCAGGCGGACGUCCUGCUGCAGCCCACGCAGAGGGACGCUAAGCUAACCGUGGACCAGGCGCUGGUCAAACAGGCGUGGGACCGCGUCUCUGCCAGGCUCCUGGACUGGCACAUCCAGCUGGACAAGGCGCUGCCAGCACCGCUGGGCGUGAUCGGGGCGUGGCUGCACCGGGCGGAGCUGGCGCUGCGGGAGGACGUGGCCGUGCAGCAGGCGCACGAGGAGACAGCCAACGCCGUGCAGAGGACCCUGGAGCAGCACAAGGAGGUGCUGAAGAACCUGGAAGGACACAAGCAGACCUUUCAGCAGAUUCACAGAGACCGAUCGGUGAACGGGGUCCCCGUGCCCCCCGAACAGCUCCAGGACAUGGCCGAGAGAUUCAAUUAUAUUUCUACGUCAUCUCACGUCCACCUGAUCAAACUGGAAUUCUGGGAAAUGAAGUACCGUCUGCUGGCCUUUCUGAUGCUGGCUGAGUCCAAGCUCAAGUCUUGGAUAAUCAAAUAUGGCCGCCGAGAAUCGGUGGAGCUCCUGCUGCAGAACUACAUUACGUUCAUCGAGGGACACAAGUUCUUCGAGCAAUACGAGACAACGUACCAGACUCUCAAACACGCCGCUGAGGUAUACGUGAAAUCCGAUAAUUCAGCCGAGGAGGGGGAGGGCGUGAGCAGGUUCCUGAGCGAGACUGCGGCGCAGUGGCGGAACCUGUCGGUGGAGGUGCGCAGCGUGCGCAGCAUGCUGGAGGAGGUCAUCUCCAACUGGGAGAAGUACAGCAGCACCGUGGCCGGCCUGCAGGCCUGGCUGGAGGACGCCGAGAAGAUGCUCAACCAGCCCGAGAACGCCAAGCGGGAGUUCUUCCGGAACCUUCCGCACUGGAUCCAGCAGCACACGGCCAUGAACGACGCGGGGAACUUCCUGAUCGAGACCUGCGACGAGACGGUCUCCCGGGACCUGAAGCAGCAGCUGCUGCUCCUCAACGGGAGGUGGAGGGAGCUGUUCGUCAAAGUCAAACAGUACGCCAGAGCGGACGAGGUGGACAAAAUGCGGAAGGACUACCAGGACGGGAUCUCCUCGCUCAAGAGCUUCGUCGACGCGGCCAGCGAAAAGAUGACCGCCCCCGUGCAGGUGUCCUUCCUCAACGUGCGCACGUUCGUCCAGGACAUCGAGGAUAUAAAGCACAAAGUGCCAGCCAUGGAGUCUCAGUACAAGAUGGCCGCCCGCAACGCCCAGCUGCUGACCAAGGACACGCCGCAGGAGGAGGUCGCGCAGAUGCUGGCUGCCAUGGCAACCAUCAAGGAGCAGCUGAGCAAGAUAAGGGAGCGGUACCUGCCCCUGCUGCGGGAAGCCCAGGCGCUGCUGUCCCCGCUGGAGGAGAUGGAGAAGCAGAUCACCAGCUUCUACCAGUCGCUGGAGAAGGCCAGCCGCAUCACCGCGGCCCGCGACUCUGAAGCCUCCUCAGACUUCAAACACAAGUGUCAGGACCUGCUGACGUACCAGCAGAGCUGUAAGAACUGCCUGGCCGUGAUCGAGAGGCACCACCAGACCAUCCAGAGGGCGCUGAGCAGCACCAAGACGCUGAGCCACCUGGACAGAUCCCUCCUGCACAAGAGAGUGACAGACCUGCAGGCCACCUUGCAGGCCAUGGUGAAGGAGGCGGCGGAGUGGAGGAAGCACCUGGAGGCCAACAGCAGCCUGAUGAAGCGGUUCGAGGAGUCACGGGUGGAGCUGGAGAAGGUGCUGAAGGCGGCGCACGCCGCCCUGAGGGAGAAGGGCAACCCGGAGGAGCUCCUGAAGAAGCACACCGAGUUCUUCGGUCAGCUGGACCAGCGGGUGCUGAACGCCUUCCUGAAGGCGUGUGACGAGCUGACGGACAUUCUGCCCGAGCAGGAGCAGCAGAGCCUGCAGGAAACCGUCCGGAAGCUCCACAAACAAUGGAAGGACGUGCAGGCGGAGACUCCGUACCACCUGCUGCACCUGAAGGUGGAGGUGGAGAGGAGCAGGCUGGUGGCCUCCCUGCAGGAGUGCCGGGCGGAGCUGGCCCGCGAGAACAAGGCCCUGCCCACCUCCGGCAGCGAGAGGCUGGUCAAGGAGCACCGGGCCUUCUUCCGGGAGAAGGGCCCCCAGGCGCUGUGCGAGAAGCGGCUGCAGCACAUGGAGGAGCUGUGCCAGAGGCUUCCGGAAAGCGACUCGGCCCACCGGACCGCGGAGAGCAGCAGGAAGGCCCUGGACGAGGUCAAGGCGCAGAUCGACUCCACCUACCAGAAGCUCCAGCAGCACCCGGACAAGUGGAAGGAGUUCAACUCCAGGUUCUCCGAGCUCUCCGCUUGGCUCUCGUCCAAGGAGAGCCAGCUCCGGCUCCUCAGGAACCGGGCCAGCGACCCCAGCAAGUACGGGCAGGUCAGGACCACCAUCGAGGAGCUUCGGCGGGACGCAGAGGAGCAGGAGGGUAACCUGGGAUGGCUGAAGGCCCGUUUGGCCGCCCUGAUCGAGGUGUGCACCGACGGCGAGGCCAAGAAGCAGGGAGCGGCCCUCACCAAACUCUCCGCCGACUUCAAAGCGCUCAUCUCCUCCCUGUCUGAGUCGGAGAAGGUGGUGUCGGCGGUGGGGGACUGCGUGCAGUUCCGGGGGGAGGUGCGGAGCACGCUGGAGGAGCUGCUCCAGGGCCAGCAGGAGGCGGAGGCGGAGGCCCGCAGGAUCCUGGACACCGAGAGCGUGAGGGAGGCCCAGCAGCUCUUCCUCAUCUACCAGCAACAGCUGAAGCACCUGCGGGCGAAGAGGAAGGAGGCUGAGCUGCAGAUUUCGCGGGGGCAGCAGCUGCAGGUGGAAGGGGUGCUGAGCUCCUCCCUUCAGCCGGACCUGCAGAAGCUGGAGGAGACGCUCGGCAAGAUGGACCAGACCACCGAGGCGCAGGAGCGGGGUCUGCAGGCGACCCUGGAUGCGUGGCAGCAGUUUGAGAGCGAGCGGGAGCAGCUGCAGGAGUUUGUGGGCAAGGCCGGCUCCGCCCUGGAGAGGGAGCUCACCUUCAGCAGCCUGGAGAGCCUGACUACAGAGCUGCAGCAGGCCCGGGAGCUGAGCAGGCAGAGCGAGCUGCAGGCUGCGCAGGUGGACGUCCUCCUGAAGAGGGCAGCAGAGAUCCAGCUGGGCCCGAAGAACCAGGCUGAGCUCCAGCAGCAGGCCCGGUCCCUCAGCGAGCAGGCCCAGCGUGUGGGGGAGGGGCUAAAGAAAGACGUUAAGCAGCUGGAGACAAUGAAAGCUCAGUGGGAGAAGUUCGGGAGCGACUUCGAGGACUUCUCCUCCUGGAUCUCUGAGAAGGAGAAGGUUCUAGAUUCAUUGAGCACCUCCUCCAACCCCCUGGAGUCCCAGAUCAACACUGUGAAGGCCGUGGGGGCGGAGCUCGAGGAGCGGGUGUCGGUCCUGCCCCGCCUGGAGGCGGAGUCUCAGGCGCUGGGGCAGUUCGUGUCGUCGGGGGAGGGGGCGCGGAUCAAGGCGCGGCUGACGCAGAUCGGGCGCUACUGGGAGGAGCUGCGGGAGAGCGCGGAGCAGCUGGGGGGGCAGCUGCAGGAGAGCGCCUCCCACCUGCACAGGUUCAACAGCGGCCUGGGACAGGUGAAAACAACAAUGGACGAGCUCAAAGACAAGCUGGACAGCCCUGUCACCUCUUGUACAUCAUCUUCAGAGACCUACAGAGCCCUCCAGAGCCAUAUGGACGUGACGCAGGCUCUGGAGCAGCUGAAGGCCCGGCUGCAGGCCCUGUCUGCGGGGCUGCGCAGGCUGGGGGACCGGGCCCAGCCGGAGAGAGAGGUGGCCGAGCUGCAGCAGGGGUACGAGGGCGCCCUGCGCCUGGCCAAGGAGAAGCAGGCCCGGCUGGAGAACCUGCUGUCCCUCUGGCAGAGAUACGAGAGGGAGCGCUCCGGCUUCCAGGCCUGGAUAGAGAGGUGCGAGUCUCUGUGCUGCUCGGAGUCCCAGUACCUCUCUGCAGAUAAAACCAAGCUGCAGUCCGAGCUGCAGGCUGUUCAGGACCUGCAAUCUGAAGUGCCAUCGCAUGAGUCCAUGUACCAGGGCCUGGCCAGUCUGGGGGUGUCCCUGCACCCCACGGCGUCCGAGGAGACAGUGAAGGAGCUCACGGACGAGCUCCAGCAGCUGGAGAGGAGGUGGGGAGCCCAGAAGGAGGCCAUACCUCACAGGAUUGAGAAGCUGGAGGCCCACAUAUCCCAGGUGGAGAAGUUUGACGAGGCCCUGCUGCAGGUGUCCCAGUGGAGCCAGGACUUCCUGGACGAGCUGCAGGCCAACUCCCUCGUGGACAUCACGGACCUGCAGGCGGCCGACGCCCACAUUAAGGAGAGGACGGCGCUGCUGCAGACGCAGGCGGGGGCGCAGGAGAGCCUGCAGCGUCGGGCCGACGCCCUGUGCGCCGCCUGCGACCCGGCGGACCUGCAGCUGCUGCAGGGGCGGCGCGAGGACUGCCUGCAGCCCUUCCUGGAGGCGCGGCGGCUGGCCCAGCGGCGGGCCGACGCCCUGGAGCGGCUGGCCGCCUUCCUGCGGACGCGGGCCGCCGCCCGCCAGGUCCUGGAGGGCCUGCGCCGGACCGUGGAAGGCUCCGGAAGCUGGGACCGGGGCCGGGCCGAGGCGCUGCGGCGGGAGCUGGAGGGGGCGGCGGUGCCGGACGUGGGGCGGCUGGAGGCGCAGGCGGCGGGGCUGGACGGGCAGCUGAGCAAGGCGCACUACCACCUGUGCGAGGGCGGGGCCGAGCGGCGCGCCUCCUGCCGGGCGCUGGCCGACGCCCUGGCCGCCGCCCUGGAGGAGGUGCAGAGCGCGCUGGGCACCCGGCAGAGCGAGGCCGAGGCCCUGGGCCAGCUCUGGGCCUCCUUCCGCCAGCGCAAGGAGCAGCUGCUCCGCGGCGUGGAGGACGUGGAGGAGAAGGCCUCCCAGCAGGGCCUGAGGGAGCCCAGCCUGCCCGCCCUGCAGCACAGGCUGCGGUUCUUCGCCCAGCUGGAGGACGAGCUGAACUCCUUCCAGCACGAGGAGCAGUGGCUGCGGGACCGAGGGCAGCAGCUGGCGCAGCGGGACGGCGAGCUGGCGGGCGAGGCGCUGCGCGAGAUCGCCAUGGUGACGUCCUCCUGGGACGCCACCAAGAGGCUCAUCGCCGACAGUCAGGAGCAGUGCGGCGCGCUGGUGGAGCUGAUGAGGGAGUACCAGAGCCUGCGCUCCAGCGUACACGGCGUGGUGGACGCCGCCGAGGCCGUCGCCGAGAUCAAGACCGCCCCGAAGGACCAGGAGGACAUCCGGAGGCUGCUGUCCCGGCACGAGGCGGCCAAGGUGGAGAUGGUGGGUGGCCAGGAGCAUCUGGACCAGUUCACCAGCAAAGGGAAGCACCUGCUGAACGAGCUGAAGAAGAUUCCGGACUGUGAGACCCAGCUGAUCCGGAAGGACAUGGACGCCAUCGUAGAUCAGUGGCUUGACGUGUCGGAGCGUCUGGAGGAGAACAUCGAGCGCCUGCGCAAGGGCGCCGCCCUGUGGGAGGACGUGCGGAAGAUCGACGAGGAGGUGGACGGCUGGGCCAGCGGCUCGGUGGCGGAGCUGAGCGAGAGCCUGAGCAACUUCAGCAGCGGCCAGAGGAUGGAGGCGCGCCUCGCCCACUUCCAGGUGGAGGUGGAGGCUAAGGAGGCUCAGCUGGAGGCGCUGCAGGUGAAAGUGUCCGAGCUGAAGCAGCUCACCCGAAACCCGGAGACGCCCACCGAGCUGCAGGUUAUGGAGGCGGACCUGAGGAAGAGGAUCGGCCAGGCGCAGGAGAUCUCCGAGCAGGCCCGGAGCACCCUCCAGGACUUCAGCUCCCAGAAGCAGCAGCUGGAGGACUUCAUUUCCCAGAUGACCCAGUGGCUGGGCAACGUGGAAGACUCCCUGGCGGCUCCGCCCCAGGGCUCCGACCUGGAGCACAUCUGCAGGGUGAAGGACAUCCAGAAGGAGCUGCAGAACCAGGAGAGCGGCAUCGACGGCACACGUGAGAACCUGAGCGCCCUGUGCAGGAAGUACCCGUCCGAGGAGCUGGGCCGGCUGGGCGCGCGGCUCACCGACCUCAUCAAGCGCAACGAGGCGGUGAGCCAGCGCUGCGCCCGCACCCUGGGCUCCCUGCAGGACGGCCUGCAGCAGCGCUUCAACGAGUUGGUGCAGCAGUUCCACGGCUGGCUCUCCAAGCUGAAGGAGGGGGUGAAGGGGUGUGCGGACCAAUCUGGCGACACCGUCGUCAUGGAGAACAAGCUUCGCAAGCUCAAGGAGGCGCUGGAGCGGGUGGAGGAGGGCGAGACGCGGCUGACGCAGGUGUGCGAGGAGGGGGAGAAGCUGCUCCUGCACCUGCCCAAGGCCAGCGCGGGACAGGUGCAGCUGCAGCUCUCCUCCAGCCAGCAGGACUGGGACAGCUUCGUGGAGCAGUGCCGGCAGAACCAGCAGGACCUGGAGGAGAGCGCCGCCCUGCUGACCGGGUUCGAGGGCCGUCUGAAGAGGCUCAGCGCCUGGCUGGAGCAGAUGGAGGCGAGCGCCAAGGCGGAGCUGAGGGCGGAGAGCAAGCAGCACAUCCCGGAGAAGAAGGAGGAGCUGGAGAGGGUGGAGGAGUUCCACAAGGAGCUGCAGAAGGAGAGGGACUCGUUCGAGCGGCUGUGCCAGGAGGCCCAGGGCCUGAGCGAGAGCGGGCGGGGCGACGGGGGCGAGGUUCGGGAGACGUCCCGGCUGCAGGGCCGGUACCACGCCCUGCUGAAGGACGCCAAGGACCGGCUUCGCGGCUGCCACGCCACCCUGCAGGAGCACCAGGCCUUCGAGGAGACGCUGCAGGGCACCUGGGCCUGGCUGAAAGGCGUGCAGGAGCGCCUGGCCUCCCUCAAGAGCACCUCCGGCAGCAAGGAGGCGCUGGAGAAACGGCUGGCGCAAGUGCAGGACAUCCUGCUGAUGAAGGGUGAGGGCGAGGUGAAGCUGAACAUGGCGGUGGGGAAGGGUGAGCAGGCCCUGCGGAGCAGCAGGGAGGAGGGGCGGGAGGCGAUCCGCUCGCAGCUGCAGAGCCUGAAGGACAUGUGGGCCAACGUGCUGAUGACCUCCAUCAGCUGCCACAGCCGGCUGGAGUGGACGGUGGCGCAGUGGAGCAGCUUCCAGGAGGGCGAGGGGCAGCUGCGGCAGUGGAUGGAGUCGGUGGAGCAGGAGGUGGGGGCGGCCCACCCGCCCCAGCCGGGGCUGAAGGAGAAGGCCGCCCUGCUGGAGCGCUUCCGGGCCGUCCUGGCCGACGUGGAGGGCCACGCCCCCGCCCUGGCCCGCCUGACGGAGCGGGCCGCCGAGCUGCACGCCAAAACCGCCGACCCCGCCUUCAGCGAGGAGGCCCGGGCCGAGCUGCACACGCACUUCGCCGACAUCGCCGCCGUCGUCAAGGGGAAGGUGAAGGCGAUGGAGGACGUGGUGGACGAGCACGAGCGCUACCUGGAGGCGGCGCGGGACCUGACGGACUGGCUGGCGUCCGCCAGGGAGGAGCUGCAGCGCUGGGCGGACGCCACCGGCGACGCCGCGUCCCUCCAGAGGAAGCUCUCCAAAGUGCGGGAGCUGAUAGACUCUCGGCAGCGGGGCCAGGAGCGUCUGAGCCGGCUGCAGCGCAGCGCGGAGGAGGCGCGGGAGCGCACGGCGGCCGCCGGCUGCGAGCUGAUGGACCGCGAGGAGGCGGGGCUGCGCGGCGCCUGGGAGCAGUGGGAGAGCGCCGCGCUGCGCGCCUGCAACGGCCUGGAGGGGGCGCUGUCGCAGAUGGCCACGUCCGAGCGGGAGUUCGGCGGGCUGGCCGAGCGGCUGGAGGGCGACCUGCGGGAGCUGGGGGGCCGGCUGCGGGACUGGGGGCGCCAGCUCGCCCAGGCCGAGGGCAGGAACAGCUGCGAGGAGGCCGUCCAGGGCUGGCAGGUCGCUAAGGACAUUCUGGAAGGCCUGCAGAGUGUGGAGCCCAUGGCCGACGGCCUGAAGACUCAGCUGAACGAUCUCUGCCGCUUCUCCAGGGACCUGGGCGUGCAGUCAGAGAGAGUCUCCGCCCUCAUCAAAGAGUACAACAGCCUCAGCCUCCAGGCUUCCCGGGAAUGCCAGAACAAAGAGAAGCUUCUGGAGCAGCGAUUCCGCACGGCGUUCCGGGACUUCCAGCAGUGGCUGGUGAACGCCAAGAUCAACACGGCCAAGUGCUUCGACGUCCCGCAGAACAUCUCUGAGGCCUCGGGCGGCCUGGCGAAGAUACAGGAGUUCCUGACUGACAGGGAGGAGGGCCAGGGCAAGCUGAACGCCGUUGUCCACAAGGGGGAGCUGCUGAGCAGCAUCGUGGCCAAAGACAGAGUGGAGACCAUCAGGGCCAAAGUGAGCAGCGCCAGAGACGACUGGAAGAGCCUGAUGACCAACCUGCACAAACGGGAGACCGCCUUACAGAACCUGCAGUCCCAGAUGCGUGAUUUCGAGGCCAGCGCCGAGCCCCUGCAGGAGUGGCUGAACGGGACGGAGAGCCUCCUGCAGGAGAGCAGCACGCGCCUCCACGACCUCCCCGCCAAAAAGCAGGAGCUGCACAAGCUCCAGUCGGUCCUGGAGGAGAUCUCCUCCCAGGAGGCGCAGCUGGGGCGGCUCAGGGAGAAGGCCCAGCAGCUGCGGGAGGGCCAGGCUGCGGGGAAGAGCUUUGCGCACCGCGUGGCUCAGCUGUCUGCGCAGUACCUAGCUUUAAGCAACCUCACCAAGGAGAAGGCCUCGCGCAUCGAGAGGGUCGUCGGCGAGCACCAGCUCUUCUCCCAGGGCCUGAGGGAGCUGCAGAACUGGGUGGCCGACGCCAACCACAUGCUGCAGAGCUACUGCUCCCCCACCGCCGACAAGAACGUCCUGGACAGCAGGAUGAUCAAGCUGGAGGCCCUGCUGACGGCCAGGCAGGAGAAGGAGAUCCAGCUGAAGAUGCUGAUCACCCGGGGGGAGUCUGUUCAGAGGAACACCUCCCCCGAGGGCGUCCCCGUCGUCCGAAAACAGAUCCAGGACCUCAAGGACUCCUGGGACUCCCUGCUGUCCGCCUCCAUCCAGUGCAAGAGCCAGCUGGAAGGCGCCCUGUCGCAGUGGACCAGUUACCAGGACGACGUGCGGCAGUUCGUGAGCUGGAUGGAGCGGGUGGAGGAGAGCCUGGGCAGCGCGGAUAAACAGUACUCCGAGAUGCGGGACAAGACCGCCAACCUAGGCAAAGCCAAGCUGCUGCAUGAGGAAGUGCUGAGUCACAGCAGCACCUUGGAGACCAUCGGCAUCAAGGGAUCCAACAUGGCCGAACACUACGUCACCCAGCUGGAGAUCCAGGACCUGCAGGAGCGCUACUCCGCCAUCAAGGACAAGGCCAAGGCUGCCGUCUGCAAGGCGGAGGAGCUGGUCCUGGCUCACCAGGAGUACCAGCGGGGGCUGCACGUGUUUGAGGAUUGGCUGGAGCAGGAGCAGGAGAGGCUGGGCUGCCACUCCCAGCUGGAGGGAGACGUGGAGGCGCUGGAGAGCACGCUGCAGGAGCUGCAGGAGCUGCAGGUGCGCUGCUCGGAGGGCCAGGCCAUGGUGGCCGCGGUGCUGGGGAGCCGGGAGAAGGUGAUCCCCUGGGGGGUACCCCAAAUUGAGGACCGCGCCCUGGAGACGGUGCAGCAGGAGUGGCGGGCGUACCAGGCCCGUCUGGCCGAGGGCCGGGCGCGGCUCAACGCCGUCAUCGCCAAGCUGCGCCAGAUGGAGCACCAGUUCCAGCGCCUGGACGAGUGGCUGAGGGCCAUGGAGGUCAAAGGGCAGCUGCGAGGGCACCGCCGCUCGGACCGAGCCACCAAGGAGGCGCAGCUGCAGCUGCUGCAGCGCUGGCAGGAGGAGGCGCUGCUGUACCAGGAGGAGGUGGACGGGCUGAGCGCUCUGGCCCAGCAGGUCCUGGAGGAGAUCCACGUCAGCAGCCGGGUCAGUGCCCGGGCCACCCAGCUGACCGCACGCUACCACGCCCUGCUGCUGCACCUCAUGGAGACCAUCAAGCAGCUGCAGGAGGAGGUGCGAUGCAUUGAGGAGGCGCAGGGAGUCUUCAGCACCUUCUCCGAUUGGCUGAGCACCGCGCAGAGGAACUUCCGGGCGGUCGCCGUCAGCAUCGACGCCGUGGACCGCGUCGCCAUGGACAGGAAGAUGAAGAAACUCGAGGCCCUGCAGAGCGACAUGGAGCCGGGCCACGGCUUCCUGAAGGCCAUGCGGGAGAAGACGGGCCGGGCCAUGGCCUACCUGGAGGAGGAGGAGGCGGAGCAGCUCCGCGGGCAGGUGGAGGCCCGGCUCUCCCAGCUGGAGGAGCUGACGGGGGCGCUGCGGGCGGAGCGCAGCGCGCUGGAGAAGUGCCUCCUGCUGUCCAAGGAGUUCCUGGACAAGUACAAGGCCCAGGCCCAGUGGCUGGUGGAGACCCGGGCCCUGCUCAGCUCGCCCGUGGAGCCCAAGGCUGAGCUCUACCAGAAGAAGGCCCAGCUGGCCAAGUAUAAGACCAUCCUGCAGACGGUGCAGUCUCACGAGUCGGCAGUCCGGUCCGUGGUGGAGAAGGGGGAGGCCCUGCUGGACACGGUGCGGGACCCCACCGUCAGCGAGAACAUGACCAAGCUGAGCGCCGACUACCAGGAGCUCUGCACCACGGCCAGGGCCCACGUGGAGACUCUGGCGGGCCGGGUGAAGGAGCACGAGUCCUACAACGGCGACCUGCAGGAGGUGGAGAAGUGGCUCCUGCAGAUGUCCAGCCGGCUGGUCACCUCCGACUCCAUGCAGAGCAGCAGCCUGGAGGUGGCCAUGCAGCUGCUGGCCCGGCACAAGGCCAUAAUGGAGGAGAUCGCGGGUUUCGAGGAGCGCCUGACGAGCCUGAAGGAGAAAGGAGACGACCUUGUGGACAGCUGCAGCGAGCACCUCCAGGCCAAGAGCCGGCAGCAGGUCCAGUCCCAUCAGCAGGGCGCGCGGGACAGCUACUCCGCCAUCUGCAGCACCGCUCAGCGUGUAUACCAGAGUCUGGAUCGGGAGCUACAGAAGCACGUCAGUCACCAGGACACCCUGCAGCAGUGCCAGACGUGGCUCUCCAGCGUUCAGGACGAACUGCAGCUGCACGCGCAGCCUCCCUACAGCCAGCAGGAGGCGCUCAAACAGGUGAAGCACGACCGGGCCCUGCAGGAGCAGGCGAGCACGUACCUGGACCUGGUGUGCUCCGUGUGCGACCUGUCCAACGAGAGCGUGCGGAGCACCGCCGCCCAGAUCCAGCAGCUCAAACUCAUGAUAGAGGAGCGGAUGCGGAGGUCCCAGGACCUGGCGGACAGCUGGAAGGAGGUGCGCGAGCAGAAGUCUGAGUUGGCGGCCUACUUCCAGGAGAAGGAGCAGCAGCUGCAGAGCCUGAACAGGAGGCCCGGGGAGCUGGAGCCCAAAAUUGCCCAGAACAUGCUGGCCCAAGUGAAGGAGUUCAGCCAGCAGCUCCAGGCCAAGCAGGGGGCGCUGACCCAGAUGACGGAGGCGGUGAGCCGGCUGACGGGGGGCCAGGACUCCCCCGAGGACGCGGAGAUCGCCCGGCUCAGCCACGCCUGGCUGGAGCUGUGCCACCAGGCCCGCCGGCUGCUGAAGCAGCGGGAGGAGGACCUGCAGCGGGCCGCCGAGUACCACGGCUGCAUCGGCGCCGUGGAGGGGCUCUUCAACCAGGUGUCCAAGGAGUGGGACAACCUGGCCAGAACGGACACAGAGAGUUCGUCGGAGCACCUGGAGGCCCUGAGGAAGCUGGCGGGGGUCCUGGAGGAGCAGCGGGGCACCCUGGACGACCUGCGGGACCACCGGCAGAAGGUGCUGCCCCGCCUCAACCUGGACGACAAGGAGCUGGUGAAGGAGCAGGUGGGGCACUUCGAGCAGCGCUGGGCCCAGCUGGAGGCCCUCGUGCAGCGGAAGAUCCAGGACUCGGUGCUGACGCUGGAGGACAUGAGCCAAGUGGAGGCCCGGCUGCGGGAGGCCCGGGAGUGGGCCGAGGAGCAGCAGCCGGCGCUGUCCGAGGCCAUGAAGAUGAGCCCUCCGCCGGAGCUGGCCCAGAGCUUCCUGUUCGACCACCUGAGCAUCUGCAGCGAGCUGGAGGCCAAGCAGCUCCUGCUGGCCCAGGCCGUGGCCGACGCCGACCGGGUGCUGGCCCACCUGGGGCUCAACGAGCGGCAGCGCCUCCAGCAGCUCAUCGCCGAGACCCAGGCCGAGGUGGAGUCGCUGGGCGCCAAGGUGGUCCAGCGCCGCAAGUACCUGAGCAAGGCCUUCACCGAGAGGACCCAGUUCCUGCUGGCCGUGGGCCAGGCCAUCGCCUGGGUCCAGCAGAGCGAGCGGAAGGCGCUGGCCGAGGAGCGGGUGGCCCUGCUGCCCGACGACCUGGGCAAGCAGGUGAGGACGUGCCGGAACAUCCAGAGCAGCCUGCGGGCCUACCAGAGCGAGCUCACCUCGCUGUGGUCCCAGGGCAGGGACCUGAUGAGGGACGCCACGGAGGACGAGAAGGCCGAGCUCCUGGCCAAGCUCCAGGAGCUGCAGAGCACCUUCGAGACGGCCCUGCAGAGGUGCACCCAGAGGCUGCAGGAGCUGGAGAAGGCGCUGGUCUCCAGGAAGUACUUCAAGGUGGACCUGGACAAGACCUGCCAGUGGCUGAAGCAGGCCGACAUAGUCACCUUCCCUGAGAUCAACCUCAUGAAUGGGGACGCCGAGCUCAGCCUGCAGCUGGCCAAGUACCAGCAGAUACUGGAGCAGGCCACCGAGUACGAGAACCUGCUGCUCAUCGUCCAGCGGGCAGGCCAGGAGAUACUGCCCACGCUCAACGAGGUGGACCACUGCUACCUGGACGAGAAGCUCAACGCCCUCCCGCAGCAGUACAACAACAUUUUGGCCCUGGCCAAGGAGAAGAGCGAGAAGAUCCAGCAGGUCAUCCUGGGGCGCAGGGAGUACGCCUCCUUCAUCGAGGUGACGCACAAGGCGCUGAAGGAGAUCGAGGAGCAGUUCAACAUCCUGGGGAAGCAGCCGGUGGGGCUGAGGACGGAGGAGGUGGCGAGCCUCCAGGAGGAGUACAAGAGCCUCCUCGCGGACCUGUCCAACCUCGGCCUGGCCGUGAGCGAGCUCAACCAGAAGAAGGAGGCCUUCCGCAGCACCGGCCAGCCCUGGCGUCCCGAGGAGAUGGUCCAGCUGGUCAGCCUCUACAACGGGCUCAAGAGGCUCGUCGAGCAGAAGGUGGAGCACCUGGGCGACACCCUGGAGUCCUUCGAGGACCACAAGGCCAUGGCCCUGCAGCUGGACUCCGAGCUCAAGGCCACUAAGGAGCAGCUGGUCAAGGUCAACGCCGAGACCCAGUCGGCCGAGGAGCGGCUGAAGAACUACCACUCGCUGGCGGGCACCCUGCAGAGCGCCAGCUCCCGCCUGACCCGGCUGGCGGAGCAGAUGGAGAGCCUGGCGCCCCACGUGGACCAGGCGGCCCACCAGGCCUCGCGGCAGCAGGUGGACCUCUGGCAGGAGGAGCUGCGGUCGCUGCAGGCCUCGGUGGGCGAGCUGAUCGUGGAGUGCGAGAACCGCUUCGUGCAGAGCAAGGACUUCCAGACGGAGGUGCGGCGGACGCUGGACUGGCUCCAGCAGGUGCGGGACGAGUUGGGCGCGGCCGUGGUGCUGGACGUGCGGGUGGAGCGGGUGCAGGAGGAGAUGCGCAAGCAGCAGAUCGUGCAGGAGGAGGUGCAGUCCCGGCUGAGGAUCGUGGCGGCCCUGAGCAGCAGGGAGAAGCAGAAGUACACCAGCGCCAACGAGCUGGUCCCCGCGCACGUGGACACCAGCCUGGAGGAGAUGGCCAAGCUGGAGGCCGACGUCCAGCAGGCGCUCAGCGCCAAACAGAUCACGCUGCAGCAGGCUCUGACCCUGUGCCAGAAGUACCACUCCAGGAUGCAGUCGGCGUGCGAUUGGCUGGAAGACGCCGUGGCCUUCCUGCAGCAGGCCAGCCUGGGCGUGGACGUGGAGAACUACGAGGAGCACCUGCGGCAGCAGGGGGACAUCCUGUCCACCGAGGAGGACUUCCUGGGCCACCUGCGGGAGCUGGAGGCUCUCCCUCCCCAGCUGGAGAGCCUGGUCAACCCCUCCGCCAACGAGCAGCUCCGGCAGAGCGUGGAGUCGGCGCAGCAGAGGGGCGUGGAGGUCCGGGACCAGCUGCAGUGCCACCAGGACGUCCUGAACAGCUGCGUGGCUCAGUGGAAGGCCUACCAGGAGAGCCGGCAGACGGUGAUCGAGCUGAUGAACGAGGCCGAGAGGAAGCUGACCGAGUUCUCCACCGCCAAGGCCGCCACCAGCCAGGAGGCCGAAGAGAAGCUCAAGAGCCACAAGUCCCUGGUGGCCCUGGUGAGUGGGUUCCACGAGAAGCUGACGGGAUUGGAAGAGCAGGCUGCGCAGCUGGAGCAGAUGGGCAGCGACGCCAGCAAGGCCACCAUCAGCCGCUCCAUGACCACUGUGUGGCAGCGCUGGACCCGUCUGCGCAGCGUGGCGCGCGGGCAGGAGAAGGUUCUGGAAGACACCGCGCUGGAGUGGAGGAGCUUUACUGAAAAGAUGGCGAAGGUGACAGCGGUGGCGGAGGACCUGCAGAGCCGCAUGCCGGACGGCGCGGUGGAGAAGGCCUCCAAGGCGGCGCUGCAGACGCUGCUGGAGUACCACGACUCCUUCAGCCAGGAGGUGGAGCGCGAGCACUCCGCCAUGGCGCUGCUGCGGCAGUACGCCCUCAGCCUGCUGCGCGACGUGGAGGCCCCCCCCCACGGGCAGGACGAGCUGCCCGCCCUGCAGGAGAUCCGCGCCGUGCAGGAGCGCUACGAAAGCCUCCUCCAGCAGGUGCGUAAGAGUCGUGCGCAGGUGCAGCAGGAGCUGAAGGAGAGGGAGGAGGUGGAGCGGGAGCUGGGUGUGGUCAAGACCUGGAUCCAGGACACCUGCGGCCUCCUGCACAGCCCCACCGCUGACGUGGACACCCUCCUGCAGGAGCUGGAGGUGGUGCACGGGGAAGUAAUCGCUCACCGGCAGAACGUGGAGAAAAUAGCCGAGCAGCAGCAGAGCAAGUACCUGGACCUGUACACCAUCCUGCCCUCCGAGAUCUCCAUGCAGCUGGCCGAGGUCACACUGGCUCUGGGGUCCACCGAGGACCAGGUUCAAGCAAAGGAAAGAGAGAUCCAGCAGAUCAGAGACGUCAAGGAGGACUUCAGCUCCAGGAUCCACGACGUCUCGGAGAAGAUGAGGAUCAUAUCCUUAAAGCUGAAGGAGAAAGCCACAGACGUGGCUCAAGCCAAAGAAGAAACAAAGGCCCUCUGUGAGGAUCUGGACGCCUGCGGCCGCGCCCUGUCCGAGCUGGAGGCCGCCGUGCGGGAGUUCGGCGAGCAGAACCCGCUGCUGUCCAAGCAGCUGAGCGACGCCAUCGGCAAGCUGAGGGAGAUCCACCACCAUACGGGCCGGCUGGCCGACUACCGCACCGCCCGGCUCAAGAAGGCUGACUCUCAUUUGGACGAGUUCAACGAGAUGCUGGACUUCAUCGUGAACUGGACGGAAAAGGCCACCACUCUGGUCAAGGGGAACAUCAUCUGGAGCUCCGCCUCUCAGCUGCAGGAGCAAAUCAGAACAUACCAGUCGGUCCUGCGGGAGUCGCGGGAGCUCCCCGGGGACCUGGAGGUGAUGGGGGAGAAGGCGGCCGUUCUGUCCGAGGUGCUGCAGACGGAGGCCAUGAGUCAGCAGGUGUCCGAGCUGAGCCGGCGCACGGAGGAGCUGCAGCAGAGCGUCCGCACGCGGCUGCAGAGCCUCCAGGAUGCCGCCAAGGACAUGGAGAGGUUCGAGUGUGAGGUGAAGGCCCUGCAUGCGGCGCUGGAGCAGGCCCAGGUCACGCUCACCUCCCCAGACCUGGCCAGGCUCAGCCUGAAGGAGCAGCUGGCCCAGAGACAGCGGCUGCUGACGGAGAUGGAGAGCUUUAAGCAGCAGGUGCAGGCGGUGCAGGUGUGCCAGAGCGGCCUGCGCAUCCCGGAGGAGGUGGUGACCAGCCUGUCCAUCUGCCGCACCGCCAUCGGCCUGCAGCAGGAGGCCAGCCACCUGCAGCACACCGCCAUCCAGCAGUGCAACAUCCUGCAGGAGGCCGUGGUGCAGUACGAGCAGUACGAACAGGAAGUGAGGCACCUGCAGCGUCUGAUCGAGGAGGCACACCGCGUCAUCCAGGACCGGCCCGUCUCCACGAGCAACAUCCAGGAGCUGCAGGCCCAGAUCCUGCACCACGAGGAGCUGGCCCAGAAGAUCCGUGGCUACCAGGAGCAGAUCGCCUCGCUCAACUCCAAGUGCAAGAUGCUGACGAUGAAGGCCAAGCACGCCACCAUGCUCCUCACCGUCACCGAGGUGGAGGGGCUCUCCGAGGGGCUGGACGAGCUGGACGCCGAGGUGCUCCCCAAAAACCCGCCCGCGCACCCCUCCGUGGUCAUGAUGACUGCCGGACGCUGUCACACCCUCCUCUCCCCCGUAACCGAGGAGUCCGGGGAAGAGGGCACCAACAGUGAGGUCUCCUCCCCGCCCGCCUGCCGCUCCCCGUCGCCCGGGGCUAACGCUGACGCUUCGCUGGGCCAGGCCUCUGUGGGACGAGCGCCCCUCAGCAGGGCCCCUCUCCAGGAGCUCUACGACCCCUCGCUGGACUCCGUCGCCGUUGCCAACCUGGACGACCUGCAGCGCUCGUGGGAGACGCUGAAGAACGUGAUCAGCGAGAAGCAGAAGACGCUGUACGAGGCCCUGGAGCGGCAGCAGCACUACCAGGACUCCCUGCAGUCCAUCUCCACUAAGAUGGAGUCCGUCGAGGUCAAGCUGAACGAGUCCUUGGAGCCGGCCCGGAGCCCCGAGAGCCAGAUGGCGGGCCACCAGGCUCUGAUGGACGAGAUCCUGAUGCUCCAGGACGAGAUCAACGAGCUGCAGACGUGCUUCGCCGAGGAGCUGGUCUCCGACAGCAUGGACGCUGACACGGCGGACCAGCUGGCCAUGCAGUCCACCCUGACCGUGCUGGCCGAGAGGAUGGCCACCAUCCGCAUGAAGGCUUCCGGAAAACGCCAGCUCCUGGAGGAGCGGCUGAGCGACCAGCUGGAGGAGCAGCGGCAGGUGCAGGCCCUGCAGCGCUGCCGCACGGAGGCCGACGAGCUGGACCAAUGGCUGCUCGCCACCCGCACUUCCAUAAGCUCCGCCCUCCGGCCUAGCCCCACCCACCUGGAAAUGGACAUGGAGGAGCAGCUAAUCAGCUGCCAGGACAUGCUGCUGGAGAUCGAGCAGAAGGUGGCGGUGCUGGCGGAGCUGUCGGUGCACAGCGAGAGCCUGCUGCUGGAGGGGAAGGCCCAGACGCGCGAGGAGGGCGAGCAGCUGGCCGUCCGGCUGCGCAGCCUGAAGAGCAGCCUGCUGGAGCUGCAGAGGAUGCUGCUGGACAAGCAGAUCAACAUACAGGGCUGCCUGCAGGAGCAGGAGGACAUCGAGCCGGACUCGGCCCUGUCCCAGAGCCCCAGCGUGCAGGACUGGCUGGCCCAGGCCCGCUCCACCCGGUCCCUGCAGCACCAGGACAGCGUGCAGCGGCAGAAGGAGCUGGAGGAACAGCUGGACAAGCAGAAGAAGCUCCUGAAGUCCGUCGCCAGCCUGGGGGAGGAGAUUCUGACCCAGCAGGCCACGCCCAACGGAGCCAGUCCUGCGGAGUCCGUGCCCCGGGAGCUGGGUCUGGAGCAGGAGAGCCAGGCCGCCCUGGAUCAGAUGAGGCAGAAGUGGGAGAGCCUGAGCAAAGAGCUGAGCACCAAGCUGCAGCUCCUGCACAGCACAGUGGAGCAGGACAGCAAGCAGCCUGUGUACAACAGGCCCAGCAGAGUCACCACCUCCGGGCCUUCGUUCAAAGGAGAGGCGCAAGCUCAGGACAAGUCCUCCCUAAAGUCUCUGUUUGGGGAUUUCAGCCAGGCUUACGAAGAGGCGCGCUCGCAGCCAGGGGGCGCUGAGAAGCAGGGCAUUCACCUGGAGCAGCAGCUCUACGCCGCUGUGUCGGCCAGCUCCUCCUGGCUGGACGGCGUGGAGAACAGCCUGUUCUCCGGACCCGUGCUGCUGGCGGAGGACACAGAGACGCACCUCUGUAACCAGGAGGCUUUGAAGAAGGAUCUGGCAGAGGUGACAGAGGAGGUGGGGAGGAGCAGGGAGGUGCUGGGGAGUGAGGAGGGGCUGGGCGGUGAGGACCAGGAGGUGAUGGAGGAGACGCUGGACUACCUGGCUGCGCGACUCGGGUCCCUGGACUCAGUGGUGGGCCAGCAUUGUGAGGACACCAGGAGACGCAUGCAGGAGCUCGCUGCCUUUCAGACGGAGUUGCGGCUGCUCUUCACGGCUCUGAGUGAGACCAGAUACCAGGUCCUGCAGACUCUGACCGAGGCUCUGGACCGACCAGCCUCCAAACAGAUGGAGUGCAUCUCGGAGGCAGAGGACAGUCUGAGGGAAAUUGAGCAGAGGAUCUGCGAGCUCAAAUCCACGGGAGAGGAGCUACAGCCCGACCAGGGCUCAACGCAAGAGCUGCUCAAGCUGCAGGACAUGUAUGAGGAGCUGGUGCUGACCGUGGGCUCGCGCUGCAGCGGGCUGAACCAGAACCUGGCGCUGAAGGCCCAGUACGAGCGGGCCCUGCAGGACCUGGCCGACCUCAUCGACACCGCUCAGGACAAGAUGGCCGCCGACCAGAAGAUGAUGGCCGGCUCGGUGGCGGAGGUCCAGAACCUGCUGGACAAGCACAAAGAGUUCUUCCAGGGCCUGGAGUCCCACAUGAUCCUGACGGAGACGUUUUUCCGGAAGAUCAGCAGCUUCCUGCUCCCGCGGGAGAGCCAGACUCUGGAGGAGACCAUGGCCCAGGCGCAAGGGGUCCUCAAACAGGCCCACAAGAGGGGUGUGGAGCUGGAGUACAUCCUGGAGUCCUGGAGCAGUCUGGAGCAGGACUACCAGGCCCUGCACCGGCAGCUGGAGACAGUAGAGGGCAGCAUCCCCAUCGUGGGUCUGGUGGAGGAGACCGAGGAGAGACUGACCGAGAGAAUCGCCCUAUAUCAGCGACUGAAGCUGAACUUGACGCAGCACCAGCACCAGCUGUACCAGGUUCUGGAGGACGGGAAGAGGCUGCUGCUGUCGGUGUGCUGCUCGGACCUGGAGAACCAGCUCACCCAGCUGGGGGAGCACUGGCUCAACAGCACCACCAAGGUCAACAAAGAGCUGCACCGGCUGGACUCCAUCCUCAAGCACUGGACACGGUACCAGACCGAGUCCUCCGAGCUGAACCAGUGGUUGCGGUCCGCUCUGGACCGCCUGGAGUUUUGGACCACCCAGUCGGUGACCGUGCCCCAGGAGCUUGAGACCGUCAGGGACCACCUUCUGGCCUUCCUGGACUUCUCCAAGGAAGUGGACGCCAAGUCGUCGCUGAAGUCGUCGGUGCUGAGCACGGGCAACCAGCUGAUGCGGCUGAAGAAGGUGGACACGGCGGGGCUGCGGGCGGCUCUGGCGCAGGUGGACACGCAGUGGGCCGAGCUGCUCACGCGCAUCCCCGUGGUGCAGGAGAAGCUGCACCAGCUCCAGAUGGAGAAGCUGGCAUCUCGGCACGCCAUCACCGAGCUGAUGAGCUGGAUCUCGCUGAUGGAGAACGUGAUGGAGGAGGACCAGGAGAAGAUCCGGGGGGUGGUGGGGUCCCAGGCCAUCCGGGACUACCUGCAGAAGUACAAGGGCUUCAAGAUCGAUGUGAACUGCAAGCAGCUGACCGUGGACUUUGUGAACCAGUCGGUCCUGCAGAUCAGCAGCCAGGAUGUGGAGAGCAAGCGGAGCGACAAGACCGACUUCGCCGAGAGGCUGGGCGCCAUGAACCGCCGCUGGCAGAUUCUGCAGGGCCUCAUUACCGAGAAGAUCCAGAUGCUAGAGUCUCUGCUGGAGGCGUGGCUGGAGUACGAGAGCAAUGUGCAGACCCUGAAGACCUGGUUCACCGCACAGGAGGAAAAGCUGAAGAAAAAGCACCGGAUAGAGGACCUGGCCUCGGUGCAGAAUGCCCUGAAAGAUUGCCAGGAGCUGGAGGAGUUGGUGAAGGAGAAAGAGAGGGAGGUGGAGAAGGUGGAGGAGCGGGGCUGCGCUCUCAUCCAGAACAAGAAGGAGGAGGCAUGUGCCGUCGUCAUGGACGCGCUCCAGGGGCUCAACCACAGCUGGGCCAACCUGGACCACCUGAUCGGACAGCUGAAGAUCAGCCUGAAGUCCGUGCUGGACCAGUGGAACGUGUACAGGCGGGCGUCCGAGGAGAUCAAUGGCUACCUGAUGGAGGGGCGGUACUCCGUGUCCCGGUUCCGCCUCCUCACCGGCUCCCUGGAGGCCGUCCAGGUGCAGGUGGAGAACCUGCAGAACCUGCAGGAGGAGCUAGAGAAGCAGGAGAGCAGCCUGAGGAGGUUCGGCUCGGUCACGCACCAGCUGCUGAAGGAGUGCCACCCGUCCGUCGCCGACACCCUCAACACCACCCUCAAGGACGUCAACAUGAGGUGGAACGGCCUGCUGGAGGAGAUCGCGGAGCGGCUGAAGAGCAGCAAGGCGCUGCUGCAGCUGUGGCAGCGCUACAAGGGGCUGUGCGGCCAGAGCGCCGCCGGCGUGCAGCGGCAGGAGGAGCGGGCCGACCACCUGCUGAAGACUGCCGCCAACAAGGACAUCUCCGACCAGGAAGUGAGCGCCUGGAUACAGGACUGCAGCGAGCUCCUGCGGACCCAGAAGGCAGUGCAGGACUCCCUGCAGGUGCUGUACGAGCUCGGAGAGCAGCUCAAGCACCAGGUGGACGCCUCCGCCGUGGCCGCCAUCCAGUCGGACCGCCUGUCCCUCACGCAGCGCCUGGGAGUGGUGGAGCAGGCCCUCACCAGGCAGCAAGCGGUACUGCAGGCUGGGGUGCAGGACUUUGAGACUUUCGGCGCGCAGCUGGAGUCGCUGAGCUGCUGGGCGACGGAGGCGGAGCAGCUCCUGAAGGGGCAGGACCCCGGGCGGUCCUCUGACCUGUCAAUCAUACAGGACCGCAUGGAGGAGCUCAGGGCCCAGAUGCUGAAAUUCAGCAGCAUGUCUCCGGACCUGGAGCGACUGAACGAACUGGGCUACAGGCUGCCGCUCAGCGACAAGGAGAUCAAGCUCUUGCAGAACCUCAACCGGACCUGGUCCGCCACCUCUGCACAGACAACCGAGAGAUUCAGCAAGCUACAGGCCUUUCUGCUGCAGCACCAGACCUUCCUGGAGAAGUGCGAGACGUGGAUGGAGUUCCUGACCCAGACGGAGGAGAAGCUGGCGUCUGAGAUCUCUGGAAACUUCCAGAGCUUGCUGGAGCAGCAGAGGGCCCACGAGCUGUUCCAGGCAGAGAUGUUCAGCAGGCAGCAGAUCCUGCACUCGAUCAUCAGCGAUGGACAGAAGCUACUGGAGCAAGGACAGGUGGACGACAGGGACGAGUUUAACCUGAAGCUGGCGCUGCUGAGUAACCAGUGGCAGGGCGUGGUGCGCCGAGCCCAGCAGAGGCGGGGCAUCAUCGACAGCCUGAUCCGCCAGUGGCAGCGCUACCACGAGAUGGCCGACAAGCUGCGCCGGUGGCUGCUGGAGGUGUCCCACCAGGCCGAGGUCGUCCAGGAGGGGGCGCCGGUGCCCCUGCAGCAGGCCCGCGCCAUGCUGGACGAGGUCCAGCUGAAGGAGAAGGUGCUCCAGCGGCAGCACGGCAGUUACAUCCUGACGGUGGACGCCGGGCGGCAGCUGUUGCUAAGCGCGGACAGCAGGGCGGAGACGGCGCUGCACGCCGAGCUCACCGACAUGCAGGAGCGCUGGCGGCACGCCAACAUGCGCCUGGACGAGCAGAAGAGGGAGCUGCUCACCCUGCUCAAGGACUGGGAGAGGUGUGAGAAGGGCAUCGCCGCCUCGCUGGAGCGACUCAGGGCCUUCAAGCGGAAGCUGUGGCUGCCUUUACCUGAGCACCAGGAGGAGCUGCACGCAGAACAGAUUCGCUGCAAGGAGCUGGAGAACACUUUCGACGGCUGGACGGAGGACCUGUCCCACCUGGUCCGGCUGAAGGAGUCCCUGUCCAGCUACAUCAGCGCCGACGACCUGUCUGUGCUGCAGGAGAGGAUCGAGCUCCUGCAGAGGCAGUGGGAGGAGAUCUGCCACCAGCUUUCUCUGCGCAAGCAGCAGGUGAGUGAGAAGCUGAAUGAGUGGGCCGUCUUCAACGAGAAGAACAAGGAGCUGUGCGAGUGGCUGACGCAGAUGGAGAGCAAGGUCUCCCAGAACGGCGACAUCAGCAUCGAGGAGAUGAUCGAGAAACUGCGCAAGGACUAUCAGGAAGAGAUAGCCAUGGCGGAGGAGAACAAGCUACAGCUUCAGCAGAUGGGAGAGCGUCUGGCCAAGGCCAGCCAGGACAGCAAAGCCUCCGAGAUCCAGUACAAGCUCGGCAAGGUCAGCGAGCGCUGGCAGCACCUGCUGGACCUCAUCGGAGCCAGGGUGAAGAAGCUGCGGGAGACGCUGGUUGCCGUGCAGCAGCUGGAUAAGAACAUGAGCAGCCUGCGCUCCUGGUUGGCCCACAUCGAGACAGAGCUGUCCCGCCCCAUCGUCUACGACACCUGCGACGCCCAGGAGAUCCAGAGGAAGCUCAGCCAGCAGCAGGACCUGCAGCGGGACAUCGAGAAGCACAGCACGGGCGUGGCGUCGGUGCUGAACCUGUGCGAGGUGCUGCUGCACGACUGCGACGCCUGCGCCACGGAGACGGAGUGCGACUCCAUCCAGCAGGCCACGCGCGGCCUGGACCGCCGCUGGAGGAACAUCUGCGCCGUCAGCAUGGAGCGCAGGCUCAAGAUUGAGGAGACGUGGCGGCUGUGGCAGAAGUUCCUGGACGACUUCUCGCGCUUCGAGGACUGGCUGAAGAGCUCGGAGAAGAUGGCGGCCCUCCCCAACUCGUCGGGGGUGCUGUACACGGUGGCCAAAGAGGAGCUGAAGAAGUUUGAGGCCUUCCAGAGACAGGUCCACGAGAGCCUGACCCAGCUGGAGCUCAUCAACAAGCAGUACCGGCGCCUGGCCCGGGAGAACCGCACCGACUCGUCCUGCCGGCUCCGCGAAAUGGUGCACGAUGGGAACCAGCGCUGGGACUACCUGCAGAAGAGGGUGGCGUCCAUCUUGCGGAGGUUAAAGCACUUUAUCACCCAGAGGGAGGAGUUUGAGACGGCCAGGGACAGCAUCCUGGUGUGGCUCACGGAGAUGGACCUCCAGCUGACCAACAUCGAGCACUUCUCAGAGUGCGACAUCCAGGCCAAAAUCAGACAGCUCAGGGCCUUCCAGCAGGAGAUCUCCCUGAACGCGGGCAAGAUCGAGCAUGUCUUCCACCAGGGGGAGGCCCUGAUCGAGAAGAGCGAGCCGCUGGACGCCGCCGUCAUCGAGGAGGAGCUGGAGGAGCUGCAGCGCUACUGCCAGGAGGUCUUCGGCCGCGUGGAACGCUACUACAAGAAGCUGACGCGCCUGCCGCUGACAGACGACGAGCACGACGUUUCGGACCGCGAGCUGGACCUGGACGAGGGCGGGGACCUGUCCAGCCUGCCCUGGACGGAGGGGGCGAGCGGCAGCCCCACCUCGCCCCUCCCCUCCUCCAGCCGCUCCGCCUCCGCCUCCCUGGCCCCGCCCGCUCGGGCGGAACGUUCCGGAAGGGACACGCCCGCCAGCGUGGACUCCAUCCCGCUGGAGUGGGACCACGACUACGACCUGAGCCGGGGUUUGGGGUCCGAGACGGGGGAGCGGUCCCGGGACGACGGGGAGGAGUUCCACAGGCAUGCCGGCGCCACGCUGUCAGAUGUAGUGAUCCCUGAGAGCCCAGAGGCCUAUGUCAAACUGACAGAGAGCACUCUGAGAUCCUCCUCCGUGGAGCCCGGCACCCUGGAGGCGCACAUCCGGCAGCUGGACAAGACGCUGGAGCCCGGUCGGUUCCUCCCGCAGCCGGCUGAGGGCGUGGCAAGGAGCCCCACCGGCUCGGAGCCGGACGCCAGCUACAUGGGCUACAUGAGGCUGCUGGGAGAAUGCCGCAGCAACAUCGACGCGGUCAAGCGGGUGGGCGGCGAGCUGAAGGAGGAGGAGGACGAGCCGUCGGGUCUGAUCAACCUGACCGGGACGGAGUCACAGACCUCAGGCGUGAUCGAGCGCUGGGAGCUUCUCCAGGCCCAGGAGCUGCAGCAGAAGCAGAACCUCCAGCAGUGGCAGCAGUUCAACUCCGACCUGGACAACGUGUGGGCGUGGCUAGGGCAGGCGGAGGCGGAGCUGGAGCAGCAGCGCGGGCUGGACCGCAGCACCGACAUCCACACCAUCGAGCAGCGCAUCAAGAAGCUCAAGGAGCUGCAGAAGGCCGUGGACGCGCGCAAGGCCAUCGUUCUGUCCAUAAACCUGUGCAGCGGCGAGUUCCUGCGGGGCGAAGCGGAGUCCUCGCGCCGGCUCCAGGCGCGGCUGAAGGAGAUGAACGCGCGCUGGGACCGGCUGGGCGCCUCGCUGGAGGAGUGGAGAGGCACCCUGCAGGACGCCCUCAUGCAGUGCCAGGAUUUCCAUGAGAUGAGUCACGGUCUGCUGCUGUGGCUGGAGAACAUCGACCGCAGGAGGAACGAGAUCGUCCCCAUCGACCACAGCGCCGACAGCGACACGCUCCACGAGCACCACCGGACGCUCACUCAAAUUCGGCGUGAGCUGCUGGACUCCCAGCUGAAGGUGUCCUCCCUGCAGGACAUGUCCCGGCAGCUGCUGGUGCAGUCGGAGGGCGGGGACUGCCUGGAGGCCAAGGAGAAGGUGCACGUGAUCGGGAACCGGCUCAAGCUGCUCCUGAAGGAGGUGACGCGGGACCUCCGCGGGCUGGAGAAGACCCUCGAGAUCACCAGCAGCCAGCAGGACCUGUCGUCUUGGUCGUCGGCCGACGAGCUGGACACGUCGGGGUCGGCCAGCCCGGCGUCGGGCCGAAGCACGCCGAGCCGGCGCCCGUCGCCACGGGGCAAAUGUAGUGUGUCUCAGCCUGGACCCUCUGUCAGCCGCCCACUCCGCAGGUCUCUCAGAGGCGCUGGGUCCGCUUCCUCCCGUUCUGACGCGCAGCCGGCGCCCCGGAGACCGUCCUUCUUCCUGCGCGUGCUGCGCGCGGCGCUGCCCCUCCAGCUCCUGCUGCUGCUGAUCAUCGGCCUGGCCUGCCUCGUGCCCAUGACGGAGGAGGACUUCAGCUGCACCCACUCAAACAACUUCGCCCGCUCCUUCCACCCCAUGCUGCGCUACACCAACGGCCCGCCGCCCAUAUGAAAGCGGAAAUUUAGAAAAAAAAAAAAAAACGCCGACCGACCCAACGGUUUAUUUUUUUUAAUUUUUUUUUUUAUAACGGUCGUAACUGUUAUUUUUUUUCGAGUUUCCGUGAAAACGGCAAAAGAAGAAGCACUAUUUACAACGGUAGCCAAAGUCGAACUGUGCUGUGUCUUUGUACAGCGGAAAACAGCUGCUAUUUGUGUUUUAAUCGAUCUGCGUAGAUGUUAGGAUCAAGCGCGGCGCACUCGCGGGUUUGCUGUGGCCUACGUCAAAAUUGCGAGAUGGGGGAAAAAAAAAUAAAAUAUUUGAAAUGAAAUUACUAGCCUCCUUCACAUACCAAAAAAACGGGGGCGCGAGAAGAAGAGUGUCCAUUAACGAUAUUGGAUAGCACUGACGUGUAAGCACUGUUUUAGAUACGGCUCUUGUGUUGCUCUGGUCCGAGGCUAUGAUGUCUUCCUUUUAAGUGAAGAAAAGUAUUUUUACAUCAGUGUUUUAAGUAUUAAAAAAGUGAACUCACUCAUAUGAAUUUAAUGAUCUGUAAAAUAACAUUUUAAAUAGCUUAUAUAUGGCAAUUAUUUUUUAUAUUUUUCCUUUUGGCAUGCAGUUGUAAUCGUUGCUUUGAAAGCGAACAAUCACCGGUAGCUUGUGAGCAGGUACAUUCGAAAGGCUAGUUUUUAAUAAUGAUCAUAACUGGAUGUGCAAAUUGAGAUUCACUGGAUUUUGCGUGAUGAUGCUAUGUAUAAAAAAUGGAAAUGAUGAAAAAGGUUAUUUAACUAUGUACAGUUUGCUAAUGCUGACCCAAGAACUUUGUUUGCAUUUAAUAUACACAUACAUACAAUAUGCAAAUGUAUUCAUGAUUGUUUUUUUUAUUUUACUUUGGUGAUGUAGAAAAUUAUUAAAUAUAAACUCAAAUGAA